AGUAACUUUUGUUGGAAAAGUAGAGAACGAGCAUCCUUUGCGAUCGGCGAACAGAGAGAGAGAGAGAGAGAGAAGGAGCACUGCGAAGGGACGUCGACGAUGGCGAGGCCUUCUUCUCCGACGUCGUCGGGUAGCUCCUCGGAUUCCUCUCAGUUUCCAUCUUCUUCGUCAUCCUCCUCCAGGUUCCCUGCCCUCCCCAUCAUGGCCUUCCGCGAGAAAAUCGUUGAGAAGAUCCUCGAGAAUCGCGUCACCUUCAUCGUCGGCGAAACCGGAUGCGGGAAGAGCUCUCAAGUACCUCAGUUUCUGCUAGAGAGAAAUAUCUAUCCUGUAAUAUGCACACAACCUAGCAGAUUUGCAGUAGUAGCCAUGGCUAAAAUUGUUGCAAAAGCCCGUAAUUGUGAGUUGGGAGAGGAAGUUGGAUAUCAUGUUGGUCAUUUAAAGAUUAUAUCAUCCAGCUCAAAGAUUGCUUUUAAAACUGCGGGAGUUUUGUUAGAUGAAAUACGUGAGAAUGGUCUGAAUGCACUUGAUUUCAAGGCUAUCAUACUAGAUGAAGUGCAUGAAAGAUCUGUAGAGUCUGAUCUCCUUCUUAUCUACGUGAAGCAGUUUCUCCUAGAGAACAACAACGUCAGGGUGGUAUUAAUGUCUGCAACAGCCGAUAUUGCAAAAUACAGGGACUACUUUGGAGAUAUUGCUAGGAGUGAAAGAGUAGAGGUCGUUGCCAUUUCUAACUCCAACCAGCAAACCAUUUAUAAAAGAAGAGUUUUAUAUCUCAAGCAGGUAAAAGCUCGAUUAUUAGUCCAGAUUGCAGCAUUAAUUUUCCAGAGUACCCGCUUAAUGGUUGAUCAUUUGGCAUUCUUGUUUCACAUGGAAUUUCAAGGUCUGUCGGCCGGAGCCAUGUCUGGUUACGAUGGCAAUGGAAGCAACCGUCCCACUGAUGAAGAUCAGGGGGCGCAGGCCUUGUGGACGGCUGCUCGUCGUCUGAAGGCAUCUCAACAGGGCAUAGAGCAGAAUCUUCGAUUAACUCUAGACACGUUAGUUGAGCGGCUCGGUCCGGGGGAAAACCCGGAAAGGGCUGACAAAGUAGCGCUGCGGACGAAUAAUCCUCGUCCGCAGCUUCAGCUGUCCAAAGGAGUCUGUACAGAGAUCACGGCUUCAGCUGAGAUGGUGAUGUGGACUGUGUCGAAGCCUAUGGCUGGAAUCACCACGGCGGGCGAUGCGGGAGAGGUCAUUGACACUGUAGAAAAAUCCAUAGCUGACUUGUCUAGCCAUUUGCCAAAGGGGCCAAUUAUACGACUUGUUGAGAUGAUCGAAAGUUCCAUCGGCAUGAAGCUUGGUUUUGCAGACCCACAUGCAACGAACAAAAUUCAUUUUCUUGCAGUUGAGGAACAAGAUCCCAAGUAUUCUUUGUGGUUAAGGCCGUCAAAUGAGUGGGUCCAGUUAAAAAUGGUAACCAAAUUGCUUGGAAUUAGUUCAGAGUCAUUGUCGGUGAAAUAUUGCAAUGGGGAAAGCCCUUCAACAGCCAACGCAGAUUUUGAACCUGAAGUCCAAACACUCAUUCAUGAUUUGGUAAUGCAUAUACAUGAAAAUGAGCCAGACAUUGAAAAGAGUAUAUUAAUUUUUCUGCCAACAAACCGUUCACGGGGACAGCAAUGGCGUCUUUUGAAGUCCUCAAGUUCAUCGUUCAAAGUCAUUUUCCAUGACAGUAUAGACACACAACAAGCUUUGUGGCAUAUGAAGAUCCGGAAGUCCCACCGUAAGAUAAUAUUGGCUACCGAGUCAUCAGUGACAAUUCCGGAAGUAGCUUUUAUAAUUGAUUCUUGUCGAACAGUACAAGUUUCCUGGGACGGUAACAGGAAAUGCGAAUUCUCGGGGCUCACGUGGGUGUCCAAAUCUCAGGCUGAGCAACGAAUAGGAAGAACCGGUCGGACCUGUGAUGGAGAGAUCUAUAGAUUGGUAACUCGAUCAUUUUUCAGUGAUCUAGAGGAUUACGAGUGUCCAACUAUGCUGAGAUUACGGCUGCAACGGCAAAUACUUCUUAUCUGUUGUGCUGAACUGGAGGCCAUUAAUGAUCCCAGAGUGUUGUUGCAGAAGGCUUUAGACCCGCCUGAUCCUGAUGUUGUUCAGGAUGCAUUAGAUUUGCUAGUUCAUAUGGGUGCACUCCAGACAUCUCAUAGAGGGAGGCUUGAGCCAACAUUCUAUGGACGUCUGCUUGCCAGUUUCUCUCUGUCUUUUGAUGCAUCUCUGCUCAUAAUUAAGUUUGGGGAGGUUGGAUUGCUGCAUGAGGGCAUUCUUCUUGGUGUAUUGAUGGAUAUGCAACCUCGACCCAUCAUCCAUUUUUUUGGGGAGGAUGACUUGUUCACAAAGUACCUUGACAGCUACCUUAGCAGAGAUAAUAGAAAACCCGCAUUUGGUCCUCUGACGGAGGACAAGUAUCACACUAAGCAUUUAAAUCAAGUUCUACAAUUUGAUGAUACGGAGAAGAUGGUGCUAGAGACUGAAGAAGACUGGUGCUUCUUUCAUAAUCUUAGUCAGCCAUCACUUAAUCAUGUCGCUGAAAUAUAUGAAGAUGUCCUGAGUUCAUUGCAUCGAUUUCGGCCCAACUUCCUUGGUACAUCUGAAGGUUUUCCUUCUUAUUACUAUCCUUGUGACUUCCAACACAAAUGCCUCCUUGAGUGUCCGCCAAAUGAAGAUGAAGAUGAAGAUGAAAAUGAAGAUGCAGCUGGCCUAGAUGACGAAAAACUUAAUUCUUCUGCCGACACCAGGGAAUGUGUUGCUAUGCCAUUUGUUGCACCAAAUGACUUCCAAACAAAAAAUGUGGCUGGCACAUUGACAACUGUUGUUAAAGAGAUAAAAGCUCACUACGUUGGAUUGGCACCCGGUGAUCAGCCCGAGAGUUCUUCUAGGAGUCGUUUCUCUGUUAAGAAUGGCCGUAAAUUAUGUAGACAUUUUCUAAAAGGAUCUUGCAACAGGGGCAGUAAUUGCUCGUUUUCUCAUUCAUUCCAAGCAAAAAAACCUGCGUGCAAAUUCUUCACCUCUUUAAAGGGUUGUCGAAAUGGUGAUUCAUGUUUCUUCUCUCAUGAUCUGGGCACACCAUUUUCAUCAGUCACUAAGCCAAGUUCAUGCAUCCCAGAAAAUGGCGAUGCUGACCCGGCACUACUUAUUCGGUUAUUUCCUUUUGCUGAUGAGGAUAUUCUUAUCUUGGAUGACACCAACUUCCAUUUUACCUCCAACAUUGCCCGGAGUUAUGAUCCCUUAAGAAUGGUUGCCACCACACGUCUUAUAGAGUCCUCCAUAUCCCACCCGUCAUUGACUGAUGUCAAGAUUAUGUGGGGACUCCAUCACCCAUACCAAACCAUCAUAGGGAAAUCUGUGGAGAGUCGAGUUCUGUGGAAGUCAGUGAAAUGCGUCUUGUGGUUUCCUGAUUUUGAAAUUUGCGGAUAUGGGAAAAAUUUGGAGGGACAGAGAAGUUUCAUGAAGAAUUUCUUCGAGUAUCUGGCAAUUCGACUACUUGCUGAUGCUUUAUGUGAAAUGCCGGUCAUUCUUACCAUGAACAACCUUAGGUUCUCAAACCUGCAGGUGGAGAAGCUGGGAAGGAGCUGCUUCUUCUUCCUCACCGAGUCAUUUCCUUUCGCCGAGCAGAGCUUUGGGGAAUUGGUGCAUGUUAUUCCCACCCAGAAACUGAUGGAGGUAUCCAAGCCCAUCUCGUAUGUUUUUCGCAUGUACCCUCCCGCAGACAUUGAGUCCGAUGAUUUCCAAGCCGCGAUUAAAAAAUGUCUGCAUGAUGUUCAGUGACUUUCAGUGGCAUAAUGGAUCAAAAGGUCAUUAAUUGCAAAGUGUUUAGUUUAUGGUUCGGAAUAUUCGAGUAACACAAACACAACGAGGUCUUCUGGGCCAUUGGCAGCUCUUCUUCUAUCCAGUGAUUAGAGUUUUGGCUCUUUUUUCGACCUUAGCAAAAAUAACCCAACGCUCAGGAGUCUUGUUUAAGACGUUUGAUACUGAAGCUGCCAUGGACAACCUAAAUUUGGAGUGAAAGGAGCAUGUUAGCUUCAUAACGUUAAUCCCUUGGAUCACUGUUUUCUA